AGGUGCUUUGUGUUUACAAGAGAUCCAGACACCCACAGUCAAGGGAGAGAUUUUAUUUUUUUAUUUUUUAAACAAGGCCAGCACCAAAUGUGUCCGUAAGACUCGCUCUUCACUUCACUCAGAGGACAUUAUGAUGACCCUAAUCUAAACCCUUCAGCAACCUUUCCCUCCCAUCUCCCCUCCCCACACCCUUUCCCAUCUCUAUCAUGACCAGUCUGAAGCGUUCUCAGACAGAGCGCUCGGUUGGGGGCUCAGUGCCGGCUACUGAUGAGUUCUAUACCCGCCGCCUGCGACUGCCCAAUGGAGGGGCACCACCACCCCGCAGUGAGAGCGCCCACAUCUCCUCCUCCUCCACCACUGGCACCAACCCCGGUGUUCCCAAAAUGGGGGUUCGGGCUCGUGUGGCUGAUUGGCCCCCAAGGAAAGAUGGAGGUGGAGGGGGUGUUUGGCAUAUCACUGUGGAAACAGACUCACCCAGCUCUACUAACACCACCAGCUCUUCAGGAUCAGGAAGUGGUGAUAGAGAAAGACUUAUAGGAGGAGGAGGAAGUGGUGGAGGAGGCGGCGGAGGAGGAGGAGGUGGUGGUGGUGGUGGAGGAGGAAGUGGUGGUGGUAGUGGUGGUGGUGGUGGUGGAGGAGGAGGGGUGUCAGCCGUCACGGCCCACAGCAAUCUGUCAGCCAAGCUGGGCCACCUGAUAAGCCCACAGGACUCAUCCAUGCUUCGCAACAUCCACAACACACUAAAAAACAAGAUGCAGAGCAAGGGAAAAGACAAUCGCUUCCUGUCACCGGAUGGCUAUCUGGGCUCACCCCGCAAAGGCAUGAGGCGCAUCCGCCAGCGCAGUAACAGUGACAUAACCAUCAGUGAGCUGGACGGGGAUGGCAAUGAGGGCUGGUCCUUCUCUGGGUGGACACCCAUGCACCGUGAGUAUGGCAGCACUUCAUCCAUAGAUAAACAUGGUGUGUCAGGAGAAAGCUUCUUUGACAUGCUAAAGGGAUACCAGUCGUCUGAAGCACCUGAUCAGCGAAGCCCCGCUCCAGAGAGGCUAACAGAGCUACUUACCGUGGCCCCAAUAAAACAGGCUGCCCUGGACCUGCCAGAUGGACCUUUAGGUCCAGCCAGAGGUAGUCCUGCCAGUCGGCUGAAAGAACGAGAGAAGCACUUGAAGAGGAGGUCAAAGUCAGAGACAGGUGGAGAGUCAAUAUUCCGUAAGCUGCGCAGCGUGAAGGUGGAGGGUGACACAUCGAGGACUGGCUCAGAUGUUGAGGAUGGGGGGAAAGGGGAUGAGAGUGGCCCACCUCCCAAACCCUGGGUGUGUCAAAAAGGAUUUUCCCAUUUUGAUGUCCAGUCUCUUCUUUUCGACCUUAAUGAGGCAAUUCAAAAUCGUCAAUCUGGGUCCAAACGCAAAAACACCACUACAGGUGCCUCAGCUGCCGCUGCCGCCUCUGCUUCGGCCACAUCCUCUCUAUCCUCCAAUCAGAGUGGAGUGUAUGGGUCACCCUGUGGCUCACAAGAGGAGCUGAGUAAGGAGGGGACAGGAGGAGGACACAGUACUAACCCUGCUUUGGACCCUGGUGAUGACAAGAGCAAUGACCUGGUGCUCAGCUGCCCUUGUUUCAGGAAUGAAAUUGGUGGAGAGGGUGAGAGGAACAUCUCUCCUGCGAAACAGCAGGGCAGCAUAGGUAGUGGUGGGAGCUCAAGCAAUUCUUCUGGCAGUACAGAGGAAGGACCUUUGGAUGCCACUCUCACUACUCAUUUUACCAACGCCGGUGUAGCUGUGUUGGAGGCCACCAAGGACGGGCCAAGCCAACAUGCUGACAGGUCCAAACGAUACAUUGUGGAACAUGUUGACCUCGGCGCCUAUUACUACCGAAAGUACUUCUACCUCAGAGAACACUGGAACUACCUGGGGGUAGAUGAGAACCUGGGCCCAGUUGCAGUGAGUCUGAGGAGGGAGAAGUUAGAGGAAAACAAGGAGCAUGGUCAGCAGUACAACUACAGGGUCAUCUUCAGAACGAGUGAGCUAAAUACCCUGAGGGGCUCCAUCCUGGAAGAUGCAGUACCUUCCACAUCCAAGCAUGGUCUAGCUCGAGGCCUGCCCCUCAAAGAGGUGCUGGAGUACCUGGUACCUGAGCUAAAUGUCCACUGCCUGCGCCUGGCACUCAAUACACCUAAGGUCACUGAGCAGCUGAUGAAGCUGGAUGAACAGGGGUUGAGUUUCCAGCGGAAAGUGGGGGUGAUGUACUGCAUGGCAGGCCAGAGUAGUGAGGAGGAAAUGUACAACAAUGAAUCAGCUGGUCCUGCACUUGAGGAGUUCCUUCAUCUGCUGGGGGAGAGGGUUCGACUCAAAGGCUUCACCAAGUACCGGGCCCAGCUGGACACCAAGACUGACUCGACGGGCACCCACUCCAUGUAUACAACUUACAAGGAUUAUGAGAUCAUGUUCCAUGUGUCUACCAUGCUGCCCUACACACCCAACAAUAAGCAACAGUUACUGCGGAAGCGGCAUAUUGGGAAUGAUAUCAUCACGAUUGUGUUCCAGGAACCCGGGGCACUCCCCUUCACCCCCAAAAACAUUCGCUCACACUUCCAGCAUGUCUUUGUGAUUGUGCGAGCUCAUAACCCAUGUUCCGAGAACAGCUCCUACAGUGUGGCGGUCACUCGUUCCAAAGAUGUGCCCUCUUUCGGCCCCCCUAUCCCAGAGGGCGUGACCUUUCCCAAGUCCUCUGUGUUCCGGGACUUCCUGCUGGCCAAGGUCAUCAAUGCAGAAAAUGCUGCCCACAAGUCACACAAGUUCCGAGCCAUGGCCACCCGAACACGGCAGGAGUACCUGCGCGACCUGGCCGAGCGCCACACCACCAGCACACCCAUCGACCCCUCGGGAAAGUUUCCUUUCAUCUCACUGGCCCACAAAAAAAAAGAGAGCCGUCCGUAUGGAGCGGCGGAGCUGCGCAGCCUGGGGGCGGUGACCUGGCCGGUCCAUGCUGAGGAUCACGGGACUGGAGGGGAACUGGAGGCCCUUCUGGCCAUCUCCAAUGACUUUCUCAUCCUGUUGGACCAGGAGGCCAAGGCCGUGGUGUUCAACUGUGCCACUAAGGAUGUGAUUGGCUGGACACUGAGCAGCCCUGCGUCUUUGCGGAUUUUCUAUGAGCGGGAGAAAGUGUGUCUCUGA